AUGGAUCCUCAGAAGAGGUCGAGGUUGAGUGUUACGAUGCUAACGUACCUCGGUUUUGCGAUUCUCGGCCUCGUGAAUGCGAUUGUGCCAUUCAUCGUGCAUUCAGCAAAUUAUCUCAUCAUUCCGUAUCCGCGAUGGAUCGUUCUUCUCAUCGAGACUCUUCCGGCUUUGGCGACGAAGCUGUUAAUGCCCCAUGUUCUUCAUCGUGUUCCCUACUGGAUGCGUCCUCUCACUAUUGGAGCAGGCUGGAUCAUAGUGGCUAUCGUCACAAACGUCACGCCGCCUAAUAUUGCACCGCCACUUCGAAUCUUGACAUCAGUUCUGGCAUCGAUAUCUGCUGCUGCAAUGGAAAUCUCGUUCCUGGGAAUGUUGCGGUAUUACGGCCGUGUUGGACUCGCAGGAUGGGGCGCUGGCGUUGGAGCCGGGGCUGUGUUUUGCGCAAUCCUACCAUUUGUCUUGACUGUUUGGUUGGAGUCCUUUUUACGGGACUUUAUUGACUGCAUUUAUGCACUUACAGGUGCCAUGCUUGUGGCAUUCUUUGUCAUCCUCCCGGGAGCGCCAGUCAACUAUCCUCACGCGCAACACGAAGCGUCAAAGGUUGAUGUCGAGGAUGCUUCUCUGCUCGCCCAGAAUCCAGUUGAGCAGCUCUCACGUAUGCUCAGCACUAGAAACCGACUCAACCUUACUAAAGCCAUGGUUCAACCAUUCAUGAUACCUUUGUUUGGAGCAUUUGCUAUUCAGGCUUUGGCAUACCCAGGCAUAGCUCGAGCCUUGCCUCUUCCUACAUCGUAUACGUCGUUCUUCUCUUACUUCACCACCUACGGCCUUGCUUUUCAGCUUGGCAACUUUAUCUCCCGAACACACACGCUUCUCCUCCGACCCACUAGUACCAAGGCCGCUUUUGCAAUCAUUGGAGCUUCGACAUUCAUCUUGCUCACCAACUCGAUCUUUCUGGUCUUCUCAACAGAAGUCCUUGUUGGAUUACUGGCUUUCGGUGCCGGUCUUGGCGGAGGAGCAGUGUAUAUGACUAUUUUCGACCGAGUGCUACAAGGCAAAUCCUUCGAGUCAGGAAUCAACUUGGAGUUUAGCCUGCAGAUGGUGGGUGCUGGUGAGACUGCUGGUGUUAUUGUCGGUGUGUUGCUGGGCGUGAUGCUCGAGACUCUGAUGUGUGGAGGCACAUUUACUACCACAAAAAGAUGGUGCCACACAAGUCAUUGA